GUGGAGAUGUUGUAAAGAGCAUUGCGUUUCUUGGUGCGAUCUCAUUUCGUGUUCAUCUCAGGUUCCACCUGACGGAGGAGGUUAAAAGCACUUUAAUUUGCUUAACUAUGACGCGGAUAGUACCUUUAAGGUUUCUUGUGCGUGAAGCGGCGGUGAUUCUGUUUACUUUCUGCGGGCUGUGGAACAUGAGCCGCGGAGAUGUACUCCGAGGACUGGUGCCGGCACCCUUGUGCGAAAACUACAACGUCGUGGAUUUGUCGCACAACUUCGACAACCGGACAGUAUAUUGGGACGACAGCGCCUAUUACAAGCUCAACGUGACCAUCUACAACGACACCAGAGCUGGAUGGUUCCAAGAGGAUGUCAUGGAAGAAGCCAUACAUGGGGGGACCCACCUGGAUUCCCCAGUGCACUUCUACAUGGGAGGCUGGGACGCGACGCAGAUACCACUGGAUAGGUUGUUGUUCCUGCCAAUGGCAAUUGUGGACGUGAGGGAACAAGUGGCAAUGAAUGCCGAGUACCUGCUCUCAGUGGACGACAUACUAAGCUGGGAAGAAAGGAAUGGCCCGCUUCCCAGCGGGUGCCUCUUCGUGACUAACACCGGGCAGUCCAAGCACUGGCCUAACCGCAGCGCCUACAUGGGCAUCGACGGUAACGGCGUCAAGCACUUCCCUGCGAUACAACCGGAGGCGGCCUCUUUCCUGGCGACGCAACGGAAUGUAUAUGGUGUUGGCGUGGAUACGCCUUCGAUCGACGCGGCUCACGACGAUGCAGCCCACCGAGCAGUGUCGGCGGCGAACAUCUUCAUCCUCGAGAACCUUGUGGGCUUGGAGAAGUUGCCACCAAGAGGAGCCCGCGCCAUUGUGCUGCCGCUAAAGAUGGAUGGAGCGAGCGGUUCACCUGUACGGGUGGUUGCACUGGCACCUCUAUAAAAUGCUACUAUGCUCUUCGUGUUCUAAAUCGCGCCUCACUCUGCUACGUCUAAAACC